UCCUACUACCGUAUGACCUUGGAUUUUUCAUGAACCGUCAAAUCUUGUUCACAACUGGAAAUCAAUUUGAAAAACAUACGACGACAAUACGAAAUCCGUUCGAUAGCUUCAAAGACCACACGGGUAGCUUUYAUUGCAGACAAAUAAUUGGGCAAUCCACCUCUUGCCUUCCUGAAACACUACCGGGCCGACCCGUUGCUCUUGUACUUUUUCCUGCAUUACAUGAAUAUCAUGAAAAACGACGACAAUCGGAUGGAUGCAAUCGCAAACGCGGAACAUGACCAACGUGUCGAAGACGAGAGCAGUAAGCCGAGAAAAAAAYCCCAAAGUUGCGGCCUCAAGUYCACACCUCAGUGCCAUCGACAGCUUCCGCCGGCCACCGAAGMGGCAUCGAACCACAUUGACCCGAUUCCAAACAGCAAGACGACAAAUCCAAACGAAAAUACAAGGGCGACGUCGUUUUUGCUAAGGCUUUUGACGAGGGAGAUCGAGCGGGACGGGGGGGCAUGUUUGGCGACGACUCUCAAGGAAUAYAUUGUCGCCGAUCACGGACCCAGGGAACCGCUCCAGGUGAARCCGCUSUCGUCGUUGCCAACRGCACCGUCGCCUACGGUCUGUUACAAGAGCUCGAAAAAACGAAACCACCAGCUCAAUUCGCUCUUGACCCAGUCCAAYRUAGGAAAGCCAAAGCUGCUAGCGUUCUUAGAGAGCCAUCCGGACGUUUUUAGUGUCGAUCGGACCACAAUCCCCCACUGGGUGCGAUUGGUGGCRCCGGGGACAACAUCCRUUGACGGUGCCACCACGAGCAGGACURCCUCGUGCGUGGAAGUGGAGGGAGAACUGCGGAACAGGGUCUUUCAGAAAGCCCUCUACGUUUUGAGGAAACGCAAGGCCCGAAUGGACCGACGUCGUACCAAGGCUUCUGGUUCCAAUCGGACCGAAUUAGAUGCUGAUGCCGCUGCUGCUGCGCAAACCAGGGAUAGUGAGGACCCGGGUGUCUUUUGCCAUUGGCUGCUUCGGCAAUGCUCCUGGGAGUUUCACUUUUUUCUUCGGUACAACGGAUUCUACAUGGAUCCCAAACGCUGUGGAUACRAAAAUCCUUGCGAUGUGAAACAGGUAGGAAGCAGAGCAUGGGAGGAUGUUACGCUAAAAACAUUUGAAUGCACACUCUGCGUGGACAAGGACGAAAGGAGAAUGGAAGACAGAGGCGAUAGCUAUGGCGGUGAACCAAAGCAUSUUUCUUGGAUUCAUGUAGAAAACGGAAAGGCCUUUUUGAAGCAAUCAUCGGUGAAGGAACGGAAUCAUCACCAAACACAAUCCGACGAAGAUGACGCCGAGGGAGUCGAUCCUACCGCCUGCGAGAAAAGGAYCCWCGAACGACCAAUGAACCACAAMGACGAUACAAACGACGAUUCUACGUUGCGCCUUGUCCGCCGCAUCGACCAAAUUCUGACGGAMAUUGUUUGCCGAAAAGACGGUGGUCAUCAAGUCAGCCUGCAAUUGAUCUUGCACCGAUAUCCGGGGUUCAAGGAAUUGCUGGGGGGACGAGACCUAUGGACGAUGUAYUGCGACUUCUCGAAUGUCCCUGAUGUCCCCGAUGGCACGGAAACUGUUGAUCGCAAUGAUUCGAUUGAACCACCGACCCAGGCCAUACCUAAGUACUUUUUCCAAGCAAUAACGAUCAUCGACGAUGGACAAAACCUUAUCCUUCGGUCGAAACGUCCCAAGACCAACAAUAGUUGCUCCAGUGGUAGUGGUGAUGAUGAUCACAGUCUCAAAGGUUCCAAGGACGACAAAAGAAUGAAGGUUGACGAAGAGGGUUUGUAUUCUGUAACGAACAACAAGUGGGGGAGAGCCAUGUCGAAUCUUGUGAUACAGGGAUGUCGCGAGACCAAUCUUUACGGCAACAAUCAUUUUGCGGGUCGGGUUUGCAACCACGGCAGCRAGGAGCAAGUUGAGCUAAUCGAACAGAACGAAAAUCUGGAAUUGCAUUCCGAAAUGAAGAUCUCCAAAACGGUCAUUGAUCUGACUGCAUCCGUAGGUGGAAUGACGUUGGCCUUGGCGAGAUCAAACUUCUUCGACCGCGUGAUAGCUCUGGAAAUCGACCAAGUUCGGGCCAACCUGUGCCGAGAAAAUCUGGGCCGCUACGGCUUUCGCGAUGGACCGGCUACCAGUGGUCGAAGCGUUGUCGAAAUUCGCCACAGCGAUUCGGUCCAGCAGAUCCCCUCACUGCCACGCGGAGCCUGUUUCGUGAUCGACCCUCCCUGGGGUGGUUGGGAUUACAAGGGAAAGGUUCGGCGCCASCAACAGCUGAAACUGGGAGACACUCCCCUGGAGGAUGUUCUUGUGAAGAUAUCACACCACAACGCGCCCUGCAUUGUUGGUUUGAGGCUUCCAACCAACUUUCUCGUACAAGAUUUUCUGACAGCAUUGACGAAGAAAGAAGAACCAGCCAUCGACUUUGCAUGCCUGAGGGUCCGCAAGAUUGCUGUUCAAUUGUUUGUGGUCCUCUCGUUUCCGUCGCCCAAACCAAAAUGAGUUUCACAGGAGAACAAAGUGAACACAGCUAUUGACAGUAAGUUGUCCUUUUUUCUCGGGAGGCAUCUUUUGCGUUCCUCUAAAUGCUGUUCUAUCAAAGAACCAACAGUGUGAGAUUGGGUCACGAGGAGUAGCUACUUUUGGAGAACUAGGAUUAUUUUUAGAUUUUGAAUAGCGCGUAUUAAUACUGUAUUAUAAUAUGAUGUUGAGAUAGAAAUUAUCCUUGAUUUUAAUUUUACCAACAAAUAUUAUUUGGGUGGAAGAGUUGGACUAACAGUUGCAUAAUUGUUGGUUUUUCUUUAUUGUUUCUCGGGCAUUAUGCUAACUACUACCUUUGCUUGAUCUUGAAUAUACCAAUCAGCACCCA